AUGUAUUACACACAACUACAGCUUUUUGGCGAGAACAUGCUCACAGCCAAAGGCCCGCUGUGGCAGUUCCAUCAGAAGAUUACGGUUCGGUCUUUCAACCCAAAGAACAACAGCCCUGUUUUCACCGAAUCUCAGGAGCAGGCCAAAGCAAUGGUCCUUCCCUGGUUCAAGGAGAGCAAGGAAAAGCGAGGGUCAGCCUCAUCCGCGAUAAUCGUCGAAGAUUUAGAGAGCUCGGUCACAAAAUUGGCUCUGCACGUGUUGGUGGAUUAA